CCUGACCCUUAUAGCAUGUGCUAAUUUCAAAUGUGAUGUUAGCACCAUAGCCAUAUUAGAGAUGGUCAUUUUGUUACUGCACUACCAUUUUGACAAGAAUAAGAGCUACGUCUAUCAUUUUGUAUAAAUAUCAAAUUAUUAUGAUUUUGGAUACUUUUACCAACGCAAUCACAGUCUUCGAGACUAUAAUAUUAAUAAGCCGCUUUAGCCCUUCCACUAGCCCCAAAACAAGGAACACAAACAAAAAAUUAGUCUUUUACUUGCUGAACUUCCAGAAGCUCAGGAAAAUCCCCCCAACUACUACAAACCACCGUCCGCCCGCCGCCGUGAACAUCCGUAAUGGAUCCCGCCAAGUACGGCGGGAAGAGGCCGUUGGACAUAGAGCAGAUGCCGGAAACCCCACAGCGGGGCUACCACCACCGCCGGGCGCACUCCGACACCGCUUUCCGCUUCGACGACCUGCUCCUCUUCGACCCUUCCGACCUCGACCUCUCUUCCCUCGACCUACCGGUUCCAACUCCGCCGCGCACCGGCGUUCCCAUGGCGCUCGACUCCCCGCCGCUCUCCGACGACUCCACGUCGACCGGCCCCGCACCGCCGCCCAAUUCGAGGGCCAAGCCGAUCAACCACCUCCGCAGCCUGUCCGUGGACUCGGACUUCUUCGAUGGUUUCGGACUGGGUUCCGGCUACGGAGACGAUAAGCUUGGCGGGAAAGGGAUGGGGGUUGGAACUGGAGGAGGCGGAGAGAGGAGAGUUCAGCACAGGCAUAGCAACUCCAUGGACGGUUCGAGCUGUUCGGCGUCGUUUGAAGGGGAUUCUUCUUUUAUGGCUGAUGGUAUUAAUAAGUCCAUGGCGCCUGAUAGACUCGCCGAGCUUGCUCUGAUUGAUCCCAAGAGAGCUAAAAGGAUUCUUGCGAAUAGGCAAUCUGCUGCAAGGUCGAAGGAGAGGAAAAUCCGGUACACCAGUGAGCUUGAGAGGAAGGUUCAUACUCUGCAAACAGAAGCUACCACCCUCUCUGCGCAGGUCACACUGCUACAGAGGGAUACUUCUGGAUUGACUACCGAAAACAAAGAAUUGAAACUGCGGUUGCAAGCUAUGGAACAACAAGCACACCUUAGAGAUGCUCUGAACGAAGCACUGAGGGAGGAAGUGCAGCGCCUGAAGAUAACAGCAAGUCAAAUGACAGCUAUGAACGGAAACCCUUACCACAGGGGUCUCGCACCCUUAUUUCCACCACAGCAGCAGCCACCAUUUCCCAGUGGAUUCAAUAGCAGGAACCAUACCGAGCAGCAGCAACAGGGCCUUCCACCACAGUCUCCUCCAAACAACGGGGCUCCCUGCCCUGGCUUCUCAAGCUUCAGCAGCCAGAGGGUGUAGUUGGACUCCGCAGAAGAAAAUCUUUACUUUGGGUUUGGAAUUCCACAUUUUGGGUAAAUUCAACACCACAGCGAGUAAGUAGCAUCCUGUAUAUGCCAGAGUAUGUAGAGAUAUAGAUGCAGCAGGGGGUAAAAGUUAUGAGAGAUUGGGGGGCAUUACUAUAAGACAAUUUUACUUGUCAUAUCAGAUACAGCUGAUGUCUUAGUCACUUGGCACUUGAACGAGGUUUGAUUAACCAACUAUCGUCCUGUAGUUUAUGUAUUUGUAGGAAGUAUAAUUAGUGGCAUAAACUUUGAGGUGGGAU